AGUUGGCAACAUUAGAGCAAGAGAACUCCCUAAGCUCAGUACAGUACAUGUAUUUUCCACCAGUUGGUCAGUCACAGUCAGUGCUAGCAAAAGAUUUAGAAAUUGGUAACAUUAAAGAACAUAUUGUGAAGAUUGUUAAAUACUUUCGGAACAACCACACAGCCUCAGCAGCAUACAAAGCCGCAGGAGGUUCAACCCUCAUCGUGCCUCAAGACGUACGGUGGAAUACACUGUCUGAUUGCUUAGAAGGUUACCUUAACAACUGGCCAAUAUUAGUAUCUGUGUGUGAUGGUGAAAAAAGAAACCAACUGGAUCCAGUUAUUAUAAGGAAGGUGAUGGACACAUACAUAAAAAGAUCUGCAGAAGAUAUGCUGAAAAUUCUGAAGCUCAUUGCCAUAGCACUUGAUAAAGUUCAGAGGGACAGAUGUGACAUAGGAGAAGCUACUGAGGUGUGGAAAGAUUUACAGAAUAAGCUUGCAGAGGAAUCAGUUCGGUCAGGUGAUAGUGCUGUCAUUGAAGAUCAUUUCAUGAAACGAAUGAAACUAGCCCUCACCCCUGUUCACUAUUUAGCAAAUAUACUACAUCCAGCUUACAAGGGAAAAAAACUAACUAUGGAGGAGGAAAACAUGGGAAUGAAUUGGAUCAAUGAAAAUUGUCCUUCAGCACUCUCUCUUAUAAUGAUAUAUAAGGCAGAACUUCCUCCAUUUCAGCCAUACAUGUUUUCUGCUCAUUCACUUAAUGCUGGACCACUUGCAUGGUGGCUUUCUUUGGGCAAGAUUGUUGAAGACAAAAAUUAUUUUUCUGAUUUGGUUAGGAAAUUAUUUACAACAACAGCCUCAAGUUCUGGGGUGGAGAGGAUUUUUUCUUCAUUUGGUCUUGUUCAUUCUAAGCUUAGAAAUAGGUUAGGGAUAGAGAAAGCUGCAAAACUCGUUUUCAUUUACAAAAACCAUAACUAGGGUCAUCACAGAAAGCCUCUGAGUGAAUAAACUUAAUGUAGGAUUACUUUAAUUUGUUUUCGUUAUUUUAUUUUAUUUUAUUUAUUUUUUAUUUAAUUAAUUUAUUUAUUUACUGGUAUAUA